ACAAAAACAAGGAAAUGAAAAAUUGAGAUUGACGCGAAAAAAAAUUCAAGAGCAGUGCAGUAACUGCAAUUUUUGUGUUUUUUCCAUGAAAUUUUGAGUGUUGUGUGUGUCUCACAGAUGUUUAGCAGCAAAAUUUUCAUCUCGCAGCACAGGAAACUGAUAGAUCGCGGAUUGAAUUGCUUGACGAAAACACUCAAGCGCGAAUGUCAUUAUCGGUCACAGCAUCUCUUGGCAACGUUAUCAUUAAAAGACCCAUCAUCAAAUGCCCAGGAACAGCGAAAUUGCUUGUAUAACUUGGUGCAGUACAUCGAAAAGUACCCGGAAGAGCGUCAUCAGCUGAUAAAAGAUGGCGCAAUUCGACUUCUCGAGCGACUUCGUGACAAAUCUCAAGAUAAUUUCAUCGUUGAGAAUACGAAAUUAGGGCUUGCGUUGCUGGGACAUCCGCCGCCGCUGCCGUCGAACGGUAUUCGUAUCCUUAGUAUCGAUGGCGGGGGCAUUCGAGGUCUCAUGGUGAUGGAAUUGUUGUUAAAAUUGGAAAAAUUGACGGGAAAAAAAUUAUUUGAGCUGUUUGAUAUGUGCGUUGGAGUGUCUACGGGUGCAAUUCUCGUCGCUGCCUUGGCUGCCGAACGCAAUAUGACUGUGCAAGAAGGAAUUUUGUUGUACAAAAAGAUCGGCAAGCAACUUUUCUACCAACCAAGUGCUUUUGACGUCUUAUCAAAUACGUCGCGAUUGAUGUGGUCUCAUGCGUACUACGACACCGAAUUGUGGGAAAAGAUGUUGAAGAAGCACGUGGGCUAUCGUCGCAUCAUCGAUACCGUCAAACUACCACAUUGUCCGAAAAUUUGUUGUAUUAGUACGACUGUCACGGAACAACGCAUCGACGCUCAUUGCUUCCGAAACUACGUUUUCCCGCCAAAUAUCCAGAGCAUCUACAACGGAAGUCACAAAGCCAAGUUGUGGGAAGUGGUUCGUGCGAGUUCAGCAGCUCCCGCGUAUUUCGGAGAUUUUGUCUUGAACAACGAAAUUCAUCAAGACGGCGGCGUGCUUUUUAAUAAUCCAACGGCAGUCGCCAUUCACGAAGCGAAACUCAUCUGGCCUGACGAGGAAAUUCAGUGCGUUGUCUCUUUCGGUACGGGACGCAAUCCGAACAAAUCUCGAAAUAGUGACGGACGAAAAAUGAUCAAUCCGGAAAUGUUGCAUGAAACUGCACCCGAGACCUUGAGUUCGUGGAAGACGAAAUUUUUGCGAAUUCUUGAUUCGGCAACUGACACGGAAGCUACUCAUGUCAUUUUAUCGGAUUUGUUGCCAAAUGAGACGUACUACAGAUUUAAUCCGUAUCUCGAACAAUGGAUCGCGAUGGUUGAUGCGCGUCCCGAAAAAAUUACUCAACUCGAAAAUGACGCGCACAUGUAUUAUCGCAAGAAUGAAGACAAAUUUGAGCAAGUGGCGGCAAACUUAACGCAAAAGAGAGACCUGUUUAGACACAUUAGAGACACAUUUAAGUAUUAUUCACGUUAAGUAGAUUUUUUUGACUUUUUUUAAGAAAUCGAAUAUUUUAUGUGUUGUUGACGAAUUAGACAUGCGAAUCAUGUGACAUUGUAAAGACAGAAAUUUACAAGCGAAUAAAGAGAUUUUUAUUUAUUAACGAACGAA